AUGGCACCCAGAUCAACGUCGGGCUCUUCAAGAGCGUCCUCUGGCCCUCAAAUCAAGAUUGACACUGAGAAAUACUCCCCUUAUGACUAUGAUGAAGAAUACGGCUCCCAUUCAGAGUUUUCCUAUGCAACAUCGGCCUCGGAGUCCUCAGCAUCCAGACCGUUUCUCUCACAAUCAAAAUACAGGAGAAGGCCCGGAGUAAAGCUCUACAGAGUCCCCAAUUCUAUUAUGAGGUGGGUUUGUUUGGGCGUGUUUGCGGGGCUGGUACUCUUUGUCUUCACCUUGUUCAGAGUCACGCUGUCCCAGGCAAUAUUCAAGAUUCCAGCUCCUCCGCCGCCAAACAUAUUCAAACCACAGCCGCCUGAGUGGGAGAGCUUCCCGUUCUUACUGAGAUACUAUGGCGGACUUCGAACCUUAACACUAAAGAACGAGAGUGCCCCCGAAUACCCGGGCGAGAAAGAAGGACAGGAUAAUUCUACUGCCGAAGAGCCAGUUGACAUGGAUAGAGUCGUCAAAAGCACGCCCUUCAACCCUUAUCCGGAGUUCUCAUCCAAGAGUUACAUUGAAAAAUACGGCAGGAAAGUUGACUGCUUUAUGGAUCCUGAAAGAAUGGUCCCUGUCCCCCAAGUCCGUCGAUAUGACGGGCUCCCAAGAGGGUUCCCCGAUAGUGUCAUAGGCUCUAAUGAGUUAAUUGGACUUGAAACCAAUGCAUGCUAUGAUCGAUUUGGCAGGCUUGGACCUUACGGUCUCGGAUACGGAGUUAGAUCAGGCGGUACCGGAGCUGGAUUGGAAGGCGACAGGUCUGAAGUAGACCAUAUGUGGGAGAAUACUUCCCCAGUUGACUAUCGAAAGGUCAAAUGGGCCAAGGCGCAGAAGCAAUGUCAGCACGACAACCGUCAUCGAUUCUCCCUUCCCCCGGCUCCAAAGACAGAUAGAUUCCUCGGCAUGUCUGUAGGUGAGGAAACUCCAAGUGGCGCAGAGAGCGCCCAAAAUAGUGCGCCAAAAAACGCCACGGCUCCUACUACUACAAAACUGCCUCGAACCGCAGUCAUAAUUAGAACCUGGUCAGAGUUUAAGUAUGAUACGGAAACUAUCCUAUACCUACGCUCCUUAAUCACGGAGCUGUCGCUCUUUUCCGGUGGGGAGUUUGACGUUCAAUUCCUGAUCCAUGUCAAGGAUGACAACCUUCAGAUCUGGUCAGACGAGGACACUUAUAAUCGUGUUUUGCAGGAGUCACUACCGGAAGAGUUCCAGGGCAUGGGUACGCUCUGGUCUGAGAGACAGAUGGGCCUCAUCUAUGGCGGUCUUGAAGAGUCAUUUGCUCGAAACCUCCCUGUCCAUGGCGUAUAUCGCAGUACAUUUAUGCCUGUACAGUACUUUGCCCUUCAACAUCCUGAAUACGACUACUUCUGGAAUUGGGAGAUGGAUGCUCGCUACACGGGUCACUGGUACGAUCUGUUUAACAAAAUGCGUCUAUGGGCAAAAGAGCAGCCUAGGAAGGGGCUGUGGGAACGAAACAGCCGGUUCUAUGUCCCUUCUGUGCAUGGGUCAUGGGAAGAUUUCCGCCAUACCGUUAGGGUGCAAACUGAGCAUGGAACAGCUAGCCCUAAUAACAUGUUUAGCGCAGCAUCCAAGGAACGACCAAAUGGUCAUCGCCCAACUGAAAUGAAAGGGGACAGACCUAUCUGGGGCCCCGAACGACCACCAGCAGAAAAUGAUGUGCUAGAGCUAGAAGACGAUGGCAUCCCCCCAACUACUUACGAGAAGGACAAGUUCGAAUGGGGCGUCGGCGAGGAAGCUGACCUCAUUGUUCUCAACCCUCUUUAUGACCCUGAUGGUACCACAUGGCUACUCAAGGAUGAUGUUACGGGAUAUAACAAGAGCGAGGAAGCACCACCGCGACGAGCAGCCAUCAUAGCAGCUUCACGUCUCUCCCGCAAACUGCUACUUACAAUGCACAAAGAAACCAGCCUGAAACGACAUCACAUGUUUUCCGAAAUGUGGCCACCAACAGUUGCUCUUCACCAUGGCUACAAAGCCGUAUACGUGCCUCAUUCAGUGUACAUUGACCGGCGAUGGCCAACUGCCUACCUCGAGUCAGUCUUUAAUGCAGGCCGCAACGGCGCAACUGGUGGAGCCAGGACAUCCGUCUUCGGUAACCGUGAACAUAAUUUUAGAGGAACGACGUGGUAUUACUCUGCCGGCCACUCGGAGAAUCUCUGGCGACGAUGGCUAGGCUACCGAUCCAACAACGAUGGCGGUGAAGAAUACGAACUGGCUAAUGAAGGGAGGAUGUGUUUGCCGCCCAUGCUACUACAUCCUAUCAAGGAAGUUAAUAUGGUUAUCGAUAGUGCUGGGAGAUCAUGA